CUUGCGGCAACGUCGAUACCAUAUCCGCAGUCCUCCUCGGCCGCAUGGCGAGAGACAGCGUCAAGGAGCUUGCGGAGAAGUUUCACAAACCGGUGACAGAUGUGGUCGAUCACGUGCUGUUUCUGAACGUGUUCGCCUCGGUGGUAUUUUCCACCGUUUUGCUGUACUUAGG